ACAACACAACACAACACAACAAAACCCAACACAACAAUGAACUCUCGUUCCUUCUGUCUCUACAUCUUCACCGCCUUUAUCUUUCUCCGGUGUUUAAGCUCCACAGAAGCAGCCACGUGUCAUCCUGAUGACGAAGCGGGUCUUUUAGCUUUCAAAGCCGGUAUAACCCGAGACCCUUCCGGCAUCCUCAGCACAUGGAAGAAAGGUACUGCCUGCUGUUCAUGGUCUGGUGUCGGUUGUCUCACCAACCGCGUCACGGGACUCCAAAUCACUGGAGAUCCUGAUGUUGCCGGAAGCUAUCUUUCCGGCACUAUCUCCCCGUCAUUGGCCAAACUCCAACACCUUGAAGGGUUUUACUUCACCAAUCUUCGAAACAUCACUGGUCCUUUCCCUCAAUUCCUUUACCUAUUACCAAAGCUAAACACUGUCUACAUUACAGACACCGGUCUCUCCGGUCCUCUUCCCGCUAACAUUGGUGCGCUAAGCCAGUUGGGGCAAUUAGGUCUCAACGGAAACCGGUUCACCGGUCCAAUCCCGAGUUCCAUCUCCGAUUUAACCCGGUUAUUUCAGCUCAAUCUUGGUAACAAUCUCUUAACCGGAACUAUACCCUUUGGAAUUUCUAAGCUCAACCUCCUAUUUUCACUCAACCUUGGCGGCAAUCGUCUCUCUGGAACCAUACCUGAUAUUUUCAAAUCCAUGACAAAGCUCCAAUCUAUAUUACUCUCCCGCAACGGUUUCUCUGGAAACCUUCCUCCGUCCAUUGCAUCACUCAGACCGAAUCUCUUGUCCAUCGAUCUAAGCCAGAAUAAACUCUCUGGGACUAUCCCAACAUUUUUAUCCAACUUCAAGAUACUCGACAAGUUGGAUCUUUCGAGGAAUAGGUUCUCAGGAGUCGUGCCGACAAGUUUGGCCAAUAUGCCAAAGCUUUUCCAUCUCAACCUUGCAUACAAUUUUUUAACCGGUCCAGUCCCUGCCGUGAAGAACGUUGAAGGCAUCGCCUCUCUUGAUCUCUCAUACAACAAGUUUAACUUCAAAACGAUACCCGAAUGGGCGACCUCGUCGCGGUCUAUCUACUCGUUGAAGCUUGCAAAAUGCGGGAUCAAUAUGAACUUCGAGGAGUGGAAGCCAGUGAACCCCCACAUUUACUUUUAUAUCGAUCUCUCAGAAAACGAGAUCUCAGGGAGUCCAGUAAAGUUCUUGAGCCUAGCGCGUAACUUGUUUGAGUUUCAAGCGUCAAGGAACAAACUCCGAUUCGACAUUGGAAAGCUGACAAAUUUAAGUCCGAGACUAGAAACCUUGGAUCUGUCGAAGAAUUUGGUGUUUGGAAAGGUACCAACGACAUUGGCUACACUGAAGAAACUGAACUUGAGUCAUAACCAUCUUUGCGGAAAGCUUCCAGCAACUAAAUUCCAGGCCAGAGCGUUCGUAGGUAACGACUGUCUUUGCGGCUCUCCACUUCCUCCUUGUAAAGCGUAAAGUGCAAGAAAACUAUAGUUCUGUAUUUGGAUUUACUUUGACACGUAACUCCAAAAAAUAUUUGUAAUAAUAUUAAUAAGUUAGCCUACAUGCGUGUGUAUGAAUACUUUCUCUGGAGUAAAAAAUAAAGUUUAUAAAUUUUUAGUCAA